AUGUUGACGGUCGAGAAGCAGUGGAUCAAUGUGCAACAGAAGACCUUUACGAAAUGGCAUGCUCUGAGGACCCGUCAUAUCAUCGCGAACGCUCGGAAUCUGGCCAUCGAGGACUUGGUCGCUGACCUCUCUGACGGAGUUAUUCUCAUUCAUCUCCUCGAGAUCCUCGGCGGGGAGUCUCUCGGUCGAUAUGCGUCGAAGCCCAAGCUGCGUGUGCAGCGAUUCGAGAAUGUCAACAAAAGUCUGGACUUCAUCCGCGGUCGACGAAUCCAAAUGACAAACAUCGGAGCAGAGGAUAUCGUCGACGGAAACCAGAAGAUCAUCCUUGGAUUAAUCUGGACUCUGAUUUUGCGGUUCACAAUCAGCGACAUCAACGAGGAGGGCAUGACAGCAAAGGAGGGUCUACUACUAUGGUGUCAACGGAAGACGGCAUGCUACGACGAGGUUGAAGUGCGCGAUUUCUCAUCCAGCUGGAACGACGGACUGGCCUUCUGCGCCUUGCUCGAUAUCCACCGACCGGACUUGAUCGAUUUCGAAUCUUUGGACAAGAAUGAUCAUCGGGGAAACAUGAAGCUCGCAUUCGAUAUUGCCGCCAAUGAGGUCGGUAUUCCCGACCUUCUUGAUGUGGACGACGUGUGCGACGUGCCGAAGCCCGAUGAGCGCUCCCUGAUGACCUAUAUUGCGUACUGGUUCCAUGCCUUUUCGCAGCUGGAGCGAGUGGAGAAUGCUGGACGCCGAGUGGAGAAGUUUGUCAACAACAUGCACGGUGCUUGGGAUAUGCAAACCGGUUACGAGCGACGAAUGAGGGAGCUACUUCGAUUAAUUCGCGCGCAGCGCGAGGAAUGGCAAAACUCGUCUUUCGAAGGGACAUACAAAGACGUGAAGGAGCAGGCCCACCAGUUUUCCCUUUACAAGCGUAAUGAGAAACGGCAAUGGGUGGCUGAGAAAUCGGACUUGGCAGCCCUUCUGGGUAAUAUUAAGACCAAGUUAGGGACAUAUCGUCUGCGGCCCUAUGAGCCUCCACGUGAACUCAGCCUAGAAACUUGCGAUGAAGAGUGGGAGGGCCUGACUCAUGAUGAGCACCAGCGGAGUCAGUUGAUUAACGAGACGAUUCGGGAUAUCAAGAAUUCGUUGCGCCGAUCUUUUGCGGAUAAGGCAAACGACUUUGCUUUAACUCUUAAAACGCUUUCUUUGGCAAUUUCCGGGCUUGAUGGGGAUGUGGAAGAUCAGCUGGACCAUGUCAAGAAAUUGAACAAUAAUCUGCCGCCUCUCGAUGCGUUCCUUGAUACUAUCGCCGAGCUAGACGAGCAGUGUGCCGAAGCGAACAUCGAAGAGAAUGACUUUACAACAUUUACACUGGACGAACUGUCAUAUGAGCUGAGUCUGGUGAAGUCCAGUAUUUCCAAAAAAUUGGCAUUCCUGGAAAACCAAAUGGUUGCUCGCAAUAUGACCAAUUUGACACCCAUUCAGCUCGAAGAAUUCGAGUCGGUGUUCCGACACUUUGACCGGGAUUCAUCAAAUACGCUACAGGAACUUGAGUUCUCUGCGGCUCUUGCCAGUCUGGGUCUUGUGUAUGAUGAAGAUGAGAUGCAUGAAGUUUAUCUUGAGACUUGUGGUGCAAAACGACUGGCACAGAAUGCCGGUGUCAGCUUUGAACAGUUCAUUAGAUUUAUGGUUAGCGUUACGGAAGAUCAGAACACCGCCGAACAGGUGUUUCAAAGUUUCAAGGAGGUUGCCGAUGGCAAGCCUUACGUUACAGAAAUGGAUCUUCGACACUCGCUUAUCCCAGAUGAGGUCAUCGAGCACUUGGUCAAGACAAUGCCACAGCAUGAGGGUCCCGAUAUGCUUGAAGACCGCGACCUGCCAAAGUUUGACUAUAUCAGCUUUAUGAACAAGAUGAUUGAGGAUAAGAAGAACGGUCGAGGGUGA